UUUCCCUCUCAUACAAAUUUUCUCUCUUUCUCUCUCGUACAAUUUUUUUUUCUCUCAUACAAAAUUUCAAACAAAUUGCUCUCUCUGAUACAAUUUUUCAGAGCAAAUUGCUCUCUCUUUCUCUCUCAUUUCUUGCACUAAAAUGCAGUCGCCCAAUCGAGACCAGUCAUCAUCCUCAAACACCUCCACACCCACUUCUCUUCAACCUCCUCUACCUUCAUUACCCAAAUUACCAGACCUUCAUUGCUUAAAACAACACUGGAAUGGCUUCCUAACUCACUGCUCCUCUUCACUGAAACUCCCUCUUCCCCAUUUCCACAUCAACGGAGCAGAAUUGAAAACCCACUUCAAAGUCGCAGCUGAAUCAGUUGGGGACAGAGCAAAACAAGCCAUUAAAAAUGGGGCCUCUCUCUUUUCUGGACCAUCUUCUGAAGUUGGUUCUAGCCAAAAUCCAGUUUGGGCUCGUGUUUCAGGACAAAAUAGACCCAUCAAUGAAACCAUUUCUGCAAUGAGUCUGGCUUUGAGCCCUGAAGCCAUUGAAGAGAGGCUUGCUGGCAUUCCUGUGUAUUGUUUGAGCAAUUCAGAUAAAGAAUUCGUUUUAAUAUCUGGUUCGAGAACUGGCAAGUCUCUUGGGCUUUUUUGUUUCAAAGAAGAGGAUGCAGAGACCCUACUUCAACAGAUGAAAUCCAUGGACCCUGGCAUGAGACACGGGUCGAAGGUUGUUUCUGUUGCUUUGAAUAAGGUAGUCCAGCUUAAAGUUGAUGGAGUUGCCUUCAGGUUCAUACCUGAUCAUUCCCAGCUCAGGAAUGCACUUAAGGAGAAGAAAAAGGAGGGGGUUCCUGCCCAGGAUUUCUGUGGAGUCCCUGUUUUCAAGUCUCAGAGUUUGAUAUUGAGGAGCGGAGAUAAGAGAUAUUGUCCUGUAUUCUUCAGAAAGGAGGAUCUGGAGUUGUCUCUCUCUAGAGCCUCCCGAGAUCAAAGAAGAUUGAAUCCUUUGAUGAAAGGAGAUAUUCAGGUCUGUGCUUUUGAAGAAAUAAUAAAAGGAAUGAAGGAAAACCAUGUGACCAAGUGGGAUAAUGUUGUCUUCAUUCCACCUGGCUUUGAAGUCUCCACGGAUGUGGCCCAGCAGAGGCGGCAAGCUUGAACAAUUCAAGAGGGUCAUGAAGCUUUUUUUUCUUGUUCUUUCUUUUGAUUGGUAAGGUUCCCAAAGUCAGCUUCUACUUCUAGACAUAGAAAAAGGAGUUUGUUCUUGCCAUGUAUCCGAGAAUGCCAUCUGGAGAUCUGGAUGGGAGUUGUGUGGUUUGCAAUUUUGUAAAGUGUUCUACUUGUUCAGGAAUUUGAAGUAUUUUAGAUGUGUUUGUGAUGUAUUUGUUAGUUGCAUAGGGUCUCUUGCCUCUCUAAUGUGCCUAUUAUGGCACUAAGCAUGCAGGUUUAAAUUUUUCGUCAA